CAAAACAAUAUGGCGGAGGACAUGGUCGAGGUUGAACAAAUUUCGUCUGCUGACGAUCAACAGCCAAAACCUCAACAAAACGAAGUUAUUAAGGCUUGCAAAAUAACUCCUAACUUUGAGCACUCUUAUGAAAAAUGUUUUUUGUGUGAACUGGAGCACGAUAGCCCGGAAUUCGGACCUUAUUGUGCGUUGUGUCACGACUUCCUGUAUCCAAACGUUUUGCUUCUUCAUGAAAGAAAACUGGAAAGUGUGAAUUUGGUAACGGAAGAUUCUUCGUUGAAUUUGUUAGCAUCUGAAAGCUGUGAAUUGAAUGUAAUUUCUGGAGUUGUGGUUUUAAAAACAGAGGACAGCGGAUGCGAAAGUGAAAACGAAAAGACAUCGGACUUGCAAAUAAAUUCAACCAACAGCGAGUCAGCUGUUGUACCAGGACACAAGCUUCCUUAUUUGUCACUUUAUGAACGGGUUCGAGCACCAGAUCUUGUAGCACAGCGGCUCGCAAAUGAGCUACGUUUUGUUGAAGAGGACUUGUUUGAGACACUGCCACCAGAAAGUGAGUUGAAAAAAAUUUCAAGUUCCCAGUGGUGUGACUUCAAUUACAGGGCUGACUCAACGAGUAGGCAAAGUGAAUCCCAUGUUCUGAGCGGCUGCCAGAUUAAUGUCUAGCAAUCCUGACCUCAUGCUUGGUGAAAUAACCAUACAGGCUCGUUAAAUAUUCUGGCAUGCACCUGUACAUUUGAAUGUGGGCAAACGUUUGGGUGAGAAAUACGGUGUAGAGAGGAUGGGACCCUGCCAUCUGGAUAGGGGAUGAGAGGCCCUAUUAGUGGAGAUGACCGGUUGUUGUGUAAAUUCACUAAUAUCUUAAGUUGUUUUGCCCAAUAUGAAACGAGUGCUGCGCAUAUUAGGCCUGGCCAGGGGGUUUUGGGUAUCUGGGUUCUUCUUUAUUCAGGUAUAGUACUGUAAAGUAUCAGCUAUCUAAACCUGUAAAGUUGCUGGGUGGCAAAAAAGUUAAUGACCCAUACAUUCUUUGUAAUAAUUAAUUUCCAGUUUUUCAAAAAGAUUCUCUCCGACACUAGUCGGUGUAUUGGAGUCAAACUUUCAGAGACAACUGGAAAUAUUGUUAUGUUAUUUCCUUUUUCAGAGAUUUUAUUUUAUUAUCUUCAUCAGAUCAUGACAAGUAUAUAUGUUAAUGAGGCCAAAAAUGUAAACAAAGAUUCGCCUGUACUUACAGUUUAUGCUUCUCCUGGGAACCCCCUCUCAAUCGACUGGCUCUAGUUAGGAUCAGCAUUGUAAAACCCCCUUUUAAACUGUGCUCUGCAUGAAAUUCUCAUUACAGACAUCUAAUGGUACAAGACAGGGAUGGAAGAACAUUUUUUCAAGUGGGGGCAGGCUGAUUAGUGACUGGGAAUCAAGAGGCCAGAGACACUCUCCUCUUAGUCUUUAUUUUUUUGGCCAGAAAAAAAAAAAUAGGAGAGGGGGGAGGUUAAUUAAAGACUGGCUUUGCCAACCUUGCAAGGCUGCAACCAUUUUUUUAAAUCCCUGCAGGUCUUUUCAUGUAAAAGUUCUCAUAACUAACCACCCUGGUCAGAACUUAAACAAAAUAAUAAGAAAUUAUCAUCAAAGUCUGGAACAUUCUGCCACACCACCUUAAUCUUUGUCUUAAUCUUAUUUCUUGUUGUGUUGCAGUUCUUCUUUUGAUAUUUUCCUUUCUGGAUGACAUUUCCCUGUGCAUGGUGGGGUAGGUUUGUCAGUGGUGGCACCAACUCGCAGGUGAACAAGAUCAGUGGAAAAAGCAUGUGCUGACCAGAUGGCCAAGUUUGUUUCAGCCUGCCAACAAGCCCAGCAUAAGCUGGCAGAAUCUCUACAUAAAAAU